AUGGGUGCAUCAAAAGACCCCCAGUCGGGGUCAUUGUCGGCUGGCGACACAGCCGAAACUAUCAAGCCUGCGCGCGACGAGGCUCUGUUCCGUUCUGGCUCCCACGUGUCUGGUCCUGAUGCUCUUGAACCGCCUCCUCAUGACUCCAAGGACCAGUAUCAUGAGGCGGGUGACGAGGUCUACGAGCGUCUGAGUAGAAGACGCAAGACCCUCGUCGUAGCCGUCUUGUCCUUUUGCGCGCUGCAGUCUCCCAUCUCGAGCACAAGUGUUUUGGCCGCCACGCCCGAGGUCGCCAAAGAAUACGGCACCACGGGGUCCAUCAUCAACAUUAGCAACGCCGCAUACAUGGUGUUCAUGGGUCUAUCGCCCAUUGUCUGGGGUCCCAUGAGCCAGGUGUUCGGGCGACGACUGGUCACCCUCAUCACCGCGGCGGCCUUUUUGGCGCUCAGCAUUGGCACCGCACUCGCACCGAACCUCGCGGCGUUCUUCGUCUUCCGUGCCAUCACAGCCUUUGAGGGUACGGCAUUCAUCCUCAUUGGGGCCGCCAGUAUCGGUGAUAUAUAUCGUCCCACGGAGCGGGGGACCGCUAUGGGCUGGUUCAUGUCAGGCACGCUGAUCGGGCCCGCCUUUGGCCCUUUCCUGGGUGGCAUCAUCGUAACGUAUUCGUCGUGGCGUUCCAUCUUCUGGCUGCAGACGGCGCUGGCUGGCACUGGAUUGAUAGGCGUCUUCUUCCUGGUGCCCGAAACUAUCCAUCACAAGAAGAUUGACGAUCUUGCAAACCACGGGAGGAAAGACCGCAUCCGCGCCGUCCUUGGCAUGGUCAAUCCGCUUCGUGUACUCCGCUGGUACCGCUGUCUCAACUUACUGCUGGUGGCAGGGGCCAGUUCCGCCCUCGUCUGGAACAUGUACAGUCUUCUUACGCCUAUACGCUAUGUCCUGAAUCCUCGCUUCCAUCUCGAGACACCUCUGCUGUCGGGUCUGUUCUACCUGGCGCCAGGAUGCGGCUACCUUCUGGGCACCUUUGGCGGUGGUCGCUGGGCCGACUGGACUGUGAAGAGGUGGAUUCGCAAACGGGGAUCCCGUGUACCGGAGGAUCGGCUUCGUUCCGCACUGCCUUUCGUAGGCAUUGUGAUACCGGGCUGUGUCCUCGUGUAUGGCUGGUCAGUAGACCAAGCCAAAGGCGGUAUUCCUUUGCCGGUCAUUGCGCUCUUCUUGCAAGGCGUUGGGCAGCUCUUUGCGUUCCCAUCCCUGAACACAUAUUGCCUGGAUGUGGUGCCGGGCCAAGGAGCAGACGUCGCCGCGGCCAACUUUUUCUUGCGAUAUCUCGCAGGGUGCCUCGCCAGUGCGGUGGUCUUGCCUAUCAUCCAGGCCGUGGGCGUCGGAUGGUUCUCGACCAUCUCAGCAGCGCUGAUGGUUGUCUCAGCCGGUGGCAUGAUGCUUGCGAUCCGACGCGGAGACUCUUGGACACGAACACUCAAAGUCGGUCAGCAAGCUGCCUCCAAGAAACCACCGCAGGCCCAGGAUCAACACCCUUCCAUCGACGUUGAGCGCUGA